CAAUCUCAAACCGCAUCCACGCCGUUCGCAUCGCAGACGAUUCCCCCCCCCGUGACCGUACGGUUUGGGGGGGUGACUGGGACGGCGAAAAGGAGUGACGCAACGCACCUCGAUAUUUUCUUUUUGCCCCCGCGUGCGAAAGGACGGAAUUGCCCCUCGGCGAACCUUCGAGGAACCCGCGGAGCCGAGCCGAGCCGGAGCCCCGCUCCUAUAUAUAAGCCGAGUUCGUUGGUCCGUCUCCCCCUACAUUCCCUGCAGCGCACAACAGAGUCGACACGCACGAGUCGUACUGAGUCGGAACGGAGGGGAACUCGCCCGAAGCGAGAAGGGGAAAAUGGGGGCGGCGGCGGCUCGGACGCAGGUUCGGAGUGCGCGAGGCACCCGAACCACGAGAAGCUCCCCGGCGUCUGCUCGUCGUGCCUCCGGGAGAGGCUGUCCCAGCUCUUCGCCGCCCCGGAGAAGACGAGGAGCGGCGCCUCCUCCUCCUUCGCCGCCUCGGCCUCCUUCGACUCCUCCUCUUCCUCGCGGCGCUUCUCGUCCGCCUCCUCCUCCUUCUACCACUCCCCGCCGCGGCACCACCACCACCGCGGCGUCGUCGGGGGAGGAGGAGGAGGCGGGGGCCGCCGCCACCACAGGAACGCGUCGGAGGCGAUCGGGCCCGUGUUCCUCGCGGUGAACGUCGGCGUCGGCGUCGGCGGGGGCGGGGAUCGGGACGACUGGGGGCUGAGGAAGAGCAGAUCGAUGGCGUUCGCGCCGGAGAAGAAGAGAGGGUUCUGGCGGAGGCUGCUGCUCCUGAAAGGCGGUGGGAGGAGCCGGAAGGAGGAGGGAUCGGCGGCGGUGCCCCGCCGCCCGCGGCCGCCGAAGGAGGUGUCGUGACGGUGUGAAUACGGAGGAGGAGGACGACGACGACGAUGCGCAAUAAGGGGGAAGCUGUCGAUCGCCGAUCGAGCGUAUAUGAAUAGAUUUCUUUUCUCGUUUUC